UCUACACAGCAUAAGGACAUCAAUAUGUAUCAGAAAAUGUAGUUAAAAUUUGGGGUUAUCUCCUUGUUAGUUGAUGAAAUAUUGUGUCUUUCUUUUAUAUGUACAUGUAGCUGCAAUGGGUACUGAUAAUGAAAGUGGUCACUGUCAGCCAGUUAUACAUGUAGAGACUAGUGGAGCCACACAGCACAGUACAGUCAAUGAUUGGCAUGUUCAAGGAUUAUCAUUCCAGCUAUUAUCUCUUGAUGCCAGUGGUCGUGUGUGUGUUUGGGUGAUAGUUGAACUACCUGAAGGAGAUUCAUCAGGUAGUCCUGUUGAUCUUGGACUAGCUCCUGGUGGAAGAGUUAAACUCAUCUCUAGUGCUACAAUGGAUGUACUGUUUGGUUCAGAAAUAGCUCAUCCAAUUGCAACAAGUUUGAAUGUUAGUAAAGCUGACUCCAAUACACUAUUGAUUGGAACUGAUUCCGGAGCAGUGAUACGUCAUGUGAGGUAUAGGCCAAGAGCAGUUCCAAAGCAAUACCUCAUCAAUGAUAACAUGGCAACAAGCUCUGAAGUAACUUCAAUUUCCAUUCAUCCUCACUUCCUCUCUCAUUUCCUUGUGUCUUAUUCCUCCGGUCACAUUGGACUCUAUGACAUUCGCUGGGCACAUCCAGUCAUUACGUGGCCAUCUGGACGGCAGAGUCACUUAAUAAGAGAACUCAAUUGGCAUCCGAAGCUGUCAAAUGUUUUUAUUUGUGUUGGCGAGGACAAUAAUGUUCAUAUAUGGGACUUACUCACUGAUGAUACUGGACCUGUGCAUACAUUGAAGCUAGAGAAAAAGAUUAUAUGUAUGGGGAUUGCUCCAGAUCAAAAUGAUCCCAACAGCUUGUCACUGGUUUUGUCCAGUGAAGAUGGUGUCUCAAUUUAUAGACUGGAUUCGAGGAAGCUUUAUCAUGAGAACCAUUUGGAAUUAUUUGAAACUUUUAUCAGCGAAAACUCUUAUAAUAUAAUGUGAAUGGCAUUAUCGUAUAUUUUAAUAAAAUUUAUAAAAAUGAAAAA